AUGGUUGACUCCUUGAUUUCUUUUUUUGCUGAUUUCGUUGCAGGAAGGCAAACAUUCGACAUGAAUUUGUUAAUGCGAAGAACUGAGAGAGUGCAGGAAAAGCUCGAAACCAUAGUGCAGCUGGAACGGCUAUCACGGACACCGUUUGAAGUAACCAGAGAGCACUUCACUUGCAGUAUAUGUUAUGAAAUCUUUAAUAAUGCGGCAAAGUGA